AUGGAGGUUGUGGUGGAAAACGCCUCUGGCAUCCCGGAGGGGAGCAUUUUGUCCAUUCGUGCUGGCAACGUCAGACGGCAGGGCACGCUUUCCACCGACAAGCCAGUGCAGUUCGCUCAAACAAGUCUUCUGGAUGCGUGUCCAUUCAAAGUGGACAUCUUUGCCCCGCUGGGAAGCUCCAGAUUGGUGUUGCGACCAAAGAACGAUCGCUACACCGUUAGCUUCGGAGACAGUGAGAAGAAGAUGAGCUUGGACCUGCUGGUACAAGGGCUCUCAGCGGCUGGACCCGACAAGCCACAGCUUACGGCACCGCGUGAAGAGCUUCUAUCUGAUACCGAGGCAUACCUGGAGCGUCACGAGUUGCAACGCUUCAUCCAAAACUUGAUCACGAGUGUCUUGGCCGACAAGCCUGAUGAUCCCUAUGCCUACAUGGCACACCACCUGUCCAACGCGCGAGUGAAGGAAAUCCCGCGACCACCAUCCGUGCAGGCUGCGCAGAGCCACACGAAGCGUCCAGCCAAGAAGCCUGCACGACUGGCGCCUCACAAGAAGAGCUUUGGCCAUCCUGCCUUCGUCGUGGAAGACUUUGACGGGAAUCUACUCACGUUGAGGGAGCUGGAGGCACGGGACAUCAUAGCUCCAGGAGCAGAGUUGAGGCGAUUGAUCAUCGAUGACCUUGGAAAGGUGUUCACGUCAAAAUGCCUUCCUUCUCCACUGAAUGAGAUUGUUGGGCACUUAAUCCCAAACGAUGCACGAGCCACUCAGGCAAUACAACUUGGCAGCAAUGAUUGCUUCUACCAGAUGCCGCUGGCUGGUCCCAGGCCGACACUGCAUUUCGAUCCCGAGGAAGUUGUGGCCACUCUGGUGACCUGUGGCGGCUUGUGCCCAGGUCUCAAUGCAGUUAUACGUGAGUUGGUGAUGAUGCUCGCGCAAUAUGGUGUCCGCAAGAUUUACGGAAUCCGUGGUGGCUACAAGGGGGUAGUCAAGCCGGAGACGUGGAUGGAGCUGACGCCAGACAAUGUACAGGAUAUCAACAGCAUGGGAGGGACCAUCCUUGUCAGUGACCGGGGUAACCCAACAGAAGAGGAACAAGUGCAGGUUCUGAUGGACAUGGGAGUCCGUGCUCAUUUCAUCAUCGGAGGUGAUGGCACUCAUCGUGGUGCCUUCGACUGUGCGCAGCUGGUCAAAGCCAAAGGCUGGAACUGCUCAGUCAUCGGAAUUCCGAAGACUAUCGACAAUGACAUCCCCAUGCUGGACUGCACGUUUGGUUUCGACACUGCCUGCAUGGAAGCAGAACGCGCCAUCAAAGCUGGAUACGUGGAAGCCACUUGCAAUGCCAACUGCAUUGGUCUCGUCAAGCUGAUGGGCCGGCACUCCGGUUUCAUUGCCUUGCAUGCUUGCUUGGCAGCACGGAACGCGGACAUUGUGUUACUCCCGGAGAUGCAGAUCUGCUUGGAGAAGGUUUUGCAGCAUUGCUUGGAGUUGAUGCAGUCCAAGGGUCACUGCGUGAUCGUGGUGGCCGAAGGUUGUGGAGACACUCUGCUCAAAAGCUCCGGGGAAGUCGACGGCGGCGGCAACAAGAAGCUUGCUGACGUGGGACCUUGGCUUCGUGACAAGCUCUUGGAACGCUUCAAGCAGGUGAAGCUGCCGCUGACAGUCAAGUACAUCGACCCAACCUAUAUGAUCCGAGCCAUCGGGCCAAAUGCAAACGACAGCGUUUACUGUUCCUCGCUGAGCCACAACGCGGUGCAUGCCGCUAUGGCGGGAUACACAGGAAUUACUGUGGGCCAGAUCAGCAGCAGACAAGUCUUGUUGCCGAUUGCUUGCGUUACGAAGAAUCCGCAGAAGCGAGUUGACCUCAAGGGUCAAAGGUUCCAGGAGCUGGUAAGCUCCACUUUGCAGCCGAACCUGGCGCCAGAAGGUGCCGAGGAGGGGGUAGAUCAGGCGCCGAUCCCCGCGGAGAAUCCCCUGCUGCACGAUUCAGAGCCGGUCGAGCUCGUCGGCGCGAUCGGAGAAGGAUGUGAGGUUCGGCGUCUUGAGCUGGAGCAUCUGUCUCUCAAGUUUGGUGACCAGUCGGAGCCGACGACGCUGAUGCAGCAGGUGAAAGGAGGCAAGGUUUGCUUCUUCGAUGAAGCUUCCUGGGUCACUCAGACACUCGGUCUUCCCGGUGUUCGCUUGCAGAUGCUGAAGGCUGGGCCACGAAAGAAGCUGUACUUCAAGCCGUCGGAGGUCGCAGCCACCAUCGUCACCUGUGGUGGCUUAUGUCCUGGCUUGAACUCCGUCAUCCGUGAGUUGGUCAUGAUGCUCUACGCCUAUGGCGUCAAGAAGGUGUACGGCAUCAAAGGGGGUUUCAAAGGUGUCGUGAACCCACAGAGCUGGGUCACAUUGACGCCCGAGAAUGUGAAGGAUAUUCAUCUGCAGGGCGGGUCAAUCCUUGUGAGCGAUCGUGGGAAUCCUGCUCACAUUGAGAUGGCGAAAGCCUUGAAGAAGCGUGGCGUGCGUCAGCACUUCGUCUUGGGCGGAGACGGUACGCAGAAAGGUGCUUACCAGACGUACGAGCAAAUGCAAUCGAUCGGUUGGGAGUGUGCUGUCGUCGGCAUUCCAAAAACAAUCGACAACGACAUCAAUUUACUGGACCGCAGCUUCGGGUUCGACACUGCCAUGACGGAAGCGCAGAAAGCCAUAGAAGUCGCGUACGUCGAAGCCACAUGCAACGCAAACGCCAUUGGCCUCGUGAAGCUCAUGGGCAGGCACUGUGGCUACUUGACAAUGAUGUCGGUCUUGGCUGCUCGUCACGUCGACAUCUGCUUGCUCCCGGAGAUGGACAUAAAUCUCGAGAAGGUCCUCGAUCAUUGCGUAGAACUUGUAAGCACAAGUGGGUAUGCCGUGGUCGUGGUCGCGGAAGGCUGUGGAGACACACUGCUUCACAGCUCAGGAGCAAUUGACGAAGGUGGAAACAAGAAGAUCAACGAUGUCGGGCCGUGGCUGAAGGAUGCCAUCACGUCGCAUUUCAAAACCUUGAAGCUGCCAAUUACCAUCAAGUACGUGGACCCGACCUACAUGGUCCGUGCCGUGCCUGCCAAUCCCAAUGACAGUAUCUAUUGCUCGGAGCUGGCGCAGGCAGCCGUGCAUGCUGCCAUGGCCGGCUACACAGGUGCAACUGUGGGCAAGGUCGAUCAGCAGGUCGUGUACCUUCCCAUCAAGAUGCUCACCUCGAUGCCCAGCCGUGUUGUCGACAUCAAUGGCCGAUGGUUCGAAGCCCUGCGAACCACGACGCAACAGCCAAAUCUUGAGUGGGUCGGCAAUGCUGCGGCCAAGCCCAUAGAUCCUACAAAAAAGCAAGGCUUGCAAGGCUUGCUGCGGUCCCGACGUGCCGGCCCUCAUACCUGGACAAGGGGGAAGAGCAUAGACGACUUGGAGAAGUCCGAUACGCUUCGUGUUCCAGACACGACGCUGACCAUCAUGGACGGAUUCGGGAGGGUCCGGGAAAGUCGGCCUUUGGCCAGAGAUGACCUCAUACAGGACAGCACAGAGCUACGCUCCCUUCAAUGUUUCAAUCUGAGUGAGCGCUAUGGGACGUUUGACAUCCCAUCCACUUUAAAGGGUGUCAGACUGUUCAGUGACAACUUCUCGUGGACUUCUCAAGCCCUGUUCCUCGGAAAUCGUCUGGACUCUGGCAGAGGGGUCCCUUACUUCAAAAUGACUCGUGCAGGUCCGCGCGAGUUUUUGCAUUUUGAUCCGCACGACCCAGCAUCGGCUGCUGCCAUCAUCAGCUGUGGCGGGAUUUGCCCUGGCUUGAACUGUGUCAUCCGCGAGAUUGUCAACACCUUGUGGGCCUAUGGCGUGCGUCGGAUCUACGGCAUCAAAGGCGGCUACAAGGGACUUCUGGAGCCAGACACGUGGUUGGAGCUCAACCCCGAGGUUGUCAAGGACAUACACACGGAAGGUGGCACAAUGCUCGUCAGUGACAGAGGCAACCCGCCCCACUUGGACAUGGCCAGGGCCUUGCAGAGCAAGAACGUCCGACAGUACUUCGUGCUGGGUGGUGAUGGAACGCACAAGGGGGCCAUGCAGACCUUCAACGGCAUGAUGGAGAUUGAUCAUGAGUGCGCAGUCGUCGGUGUGCCGAAGACAAUCGACAACGACGUGCCCAUGGUUGACCAGACCUUUGGCUUCGACACAGCAUGCACGGAGGCAGCCAAAGCUGUCAACUCCGCGUACGUUGAGGCAAGGGGUAACGCCAACUGCAUUGGUCUUGUCAAGCUUAUGGGGCGUCACUGUGGCUUCAUCGCCAUGAAUGCUGCCCUGGCUGCACGCAACGUCGACAUAUGUCUCAUCCCUGAGAUGGAUAUUGAUCUAGAGAAGGUAUUGAACCAUACGGAGCACCUGAUGCGCACGAAGGGCCAUGCCGUGAUCGUGGUGGCAGAGGGCUGUGGCGACACGUUGAUCCAAAGCUCCGGGGCGACGGAUGCAGGUGGCAACAAAAUCCUUGCAGACGUGGGGCCAUGGCUGAAAGAUACCAUCACUGCCCGUUUCAAGUCUUUGGGCUUGCCGCUCACGAUCAAGUACAUUGAUCCCACGUACAUGAUCCGCUCGGUUCCGGCCAAUUCCUUCGACAGCACCUACUGCUCAGUGCUAGGGCAAAUGGCAGUGCACGGAGCGAUGGCCGGCUACAGUGGCAUCACUGUGGGAAAGAUUUAUGAGCGCUAUUGCUACUUGCCAAUUCAUGCCAUCACCAAUCAGAAAGGCAAACGCGUGAACCCCAAUGGUCGAUGGUUCUUCCGUAUGCGCGAGUCGACAAAGCAGCCGGACUUCCGUCCCGACAUCCCUUCUGCGCCUCCGAAGUCAGCAGGGACACAGGACGUGCUGCAGGCAGUUUCCCUGCUGGUUGGCUGUCUGCACUAUGUUGAAGUUUCAGGAUACAACUGCAUCACCACGGGCCUUUCCGUGGCAGAACAGAAGGAAGCAUUCCUCAAAACCGAGAAUGCAUUCUACUAUUCUUACUAUGAGGAGUUCGUGAUCGCACCGGACCUCGGCAGCGCGCUGGGGUCCAGUCUCUACGACCGCCGAAGUGAAGCCCCCGACACCAUCAACGCGCUGAAGCGCUUCAAUGUCUACCAGGAAGUGAUCUGUGGUGCAUUGUACCGCCUAGCCGUGUGGUUAUGCGGGCGUCACAACGUGGUCGAUCCGUGGUAUUUCUUCCGCAGCUGCAGCUAUGUGUUGCAGGGUCUGGGCCAUGUUGGGCUUCUUCGCCUGGCAGCCGCUUUGGGAGGGGAUGGCGUGCUUGGGGGCUUAGUGCCAG